CGAGCAGAGGGUGUGAAGGGUGUGCUCUCGUUGGGUUUUUGUGGUAGCAGUUUAUGCUACCGACCUUAGUUGCCUGUUCAAGAUUACUGUCAUGGUGUUUGUGAAGGGUGUAAAAAAAAAACCUUUGCUGUGCUGGCUGAGAGCUGUUGAGCCUGCACUCGCCUUCCUGUGGCCCCAGGCUUGAGAACCUCUUUCUGAUUGCAGCUUGUCCAUGUGACUUGGUUUCCGUUGCCUGCCUGCUUCCGUGAAUAGUAAAAAGAGGCAUCAGUGCUUCAGUCAGCGCAGAGGAAGGCAGCUGAACUUCACACACGAGAACACACUCUGCAACAGCGAGUCAACCAGCGAUAUGGUCAGGGGAUCAACCGUCAGUGGCUUGGGAAAUCCACACCUAACCACCAGUGAUCUAUUGUCAUCUCAUGCCUGUGUUGAUCAAUCACCUCCUUCCCUCCCUCCUUUAACAGUAAGGAUGUUAAAAUGCCAGUCCACGGGCUCACUCACAUCCUGCUUUGCUUGUUACCCAUGUGGAGAAUACUGACACCAGUCUCAAGUCAUCCACAACACAGCCGAUGCCAUCUGAUACAAAGAACGGCUCUCUGCAACAAUGGCAAGCUCACUUCUGUGCCUGCAGGACUACCAGACAAUACAGAAGAGCUUCAUCUUAACUACAAUCACAUUCAAACACUACAGGACAGCUCUCUCAGUUAUCCCUCAUUAAUAACCCUGAGCUUAGCUUGUAAUAAUUUGGAGAGAUUAGAAUCAAACACUUUUCAAGACUCAAAAUUGUUAGAAAGCCUCAAUUUAGCAAAUAACAAUCUUCAUAUUGGCUACCAAGAAACCAGCCACGCAUUAAAGACUCUACCCAGGCUUAGAGUUCUGGAUUUCUCUGAGAAUGAGCUUAAUGAUGAAAUGGCUGCCACUCUUCUCCAAAAUUUGACAUCCCUGGAGUAUCUCAAUCUUUCUGGAAACCUCUUGCGUAGACUGGAUGAGACCUCAUUCCAGGAUCUUCACCAACUCAAAGAACUCGACCUGCAGAGAAACCUCAUAUUCGAGAUUGACGCCGCCUUCGACAGCAAUCCCCUACUUCAGCGGCUCAACUUGGCCUUUAACUACCUGCCUUGCCUGAUUGACUUCCACAUGACCCAAAUGGUGGUCCUCAACGCCAGCCACAACUUCAUCGAAUGGUUCAUCGCCACACAAGACCUUAAUGACACUUUCCAGCUGGAAACACUUGAUCUAUCAGACAACAAACUUCUCUUCUUUCCUUUCUUGCCUGACCAGAGCCGCUUGCGGAAUCUUUACCUAUCCCACAACAGUAUUAGGUUUUACGAACAUUUGGCAGACAACAACACAGACCUGAACUCGACAACAACAGUUGAGUUUUACAAUAUCAAGAAGUACAAAAGCAAUGUAACAGCUGAGUUGUGGACUGAGAACCUUCACGGUGACAUCUCCUCUCUAGAGAUUUUAGAUCUAAGAGGUAACCAGGUGGAGUAUUUUCCUCAAGGAUUUAUCCAGAAAAUGCCUGUCCUGUCCAGACUUCAAAUGUGCACAAACUGUCUGAAAACCUUAAAUCUUACAUCAGAACAGCUUUCUAGCAGCUUAUAUGAGUUGGACGUUAGCAACAACAGGCUGGAACAGUUUGUAGCAGAUGAAGGUACGAUGACUGCACUUGGCAAUCUGACAUACCUUAACCUGAGCCUGAAUGAUCUCAGGCAGUUACCCUCAGGAUUAUUUUCGUCAUUGCCAAGUCUCAGGUCUGUGGAUCUUAGUUAUAACGAAAUUGACAUUUGCCUUCCCGAGCAAGCUGAGAACAGUAUAGAUAAUAUGUCACCUUGCGUGGAUUGGAAAAAUAUUGAAUCCCUAAAACAGCUUUACCUGAAAGGAUGCAACCUUGAAAUAAUUCCAUCAUGUGCUUUCACUGGGUUGUCUCUCACUCACUUAGACCUGUCAGACAAUCCUGGACUCAUUGUCCAAGAAUCAAUAGAAAGUCUUAGCAGAACAUUGCAACACCUAGGUUUAGGAAACACUCAAAUACAAGACUUCGACUUCUCCCCUUUCCAAAGUCUGAAGUCUAUAAACAUUUCAAGGAACUCUCUUGCUCAUCUUCCAUCUUCACUUCUAAAGCUUGACUUGAAUGUGCUCGAUUUGAGGGACAACAAACUGCCCACUAUUUCCUCAGGUCACGCUAAUGCAUUAGCCCAGAAACUACACACUGUUUUCCUCACAGGAAAUCCGUUCAACUGCUGCCAAACAGAAUGGUUCAGGACAUUUGAGGCAACAAAGACAAUCAAUGUGGUUGGACAAUCAGAGAUUGAAUGUCAGGAUCUCUUCCAAAUAAUACACAGAGUGGAGAACUCCCAGUCAUUUUUGUGUUUGGAGGAUAGCGGGGAAUCUAUAUUCUGGUACAUUCUGCUUUUUGUACCCAUCUGCCUUUCCUUUUUGUUCAUUUCGAUUAUUGUUCUCCUCACAUUUAAGCCCAAAAUGCUACAAAAAUCAAUCAAAAAAAAGUGUCUGAAACGUACAUCUUACUGAGUUAUACUACUUUAUAAACCCUAAACAAAACCGUAUUUUGUACAGAGUUGUAACUGUAUGUUGGAAAUAAACUCAGUUCAUUGUAAACC